AUGUUGCAGAGCCCAGGUACCCGCAGGGGAGACUGGAUACCGGAGCCUGCUGAGCCUGCCCUGCACCGGCUGACCCACUACCUGCUGGCACACUACCAGAAGGGCACCCGCCCUGUGUGGGACUGGCGAAAGACCACCAAUGUGGCCAUUGACCUCAUGGUCUACGCCAUCCUCAGUGUGGAUGAGAAGAACCAGGUACUGACCACCUACAUCUGGUACAGACAGCACUGGACAGAUGAGUUCCUCCGGUGGGACCCGGCGCACUUUGACAACGUGACGCAGAUCUCCCUCCCAGUGGAGAGUAUCUGGGUGCCUGACAUUCUCAUCAACGAGUUCGUGGAUGUCGGGAAGUCCCCCCACGUCCCUUAUGUCUAUGUAGACCACCACGGGGAAGUGCAGAACCUCAAACCCAUCCAAGUGAUGACCGCUUGCAGCCUGGACAUCUACAACUUCCCCUUCGACAUCCAGAACUGCUCUCUCACCUUCACCAGCUGGCUGCACCACAUCCGUGACAUCAACCUCUCGCUGUGGCGGCAGCCAGAGCUGGUCAAGUUCGACCGGAGCGUCUUCAUGAACCAGGGCGAGUGGGAGCUGCUCUAUGUCCUCAGCCACUUCCAGGAGUUCAGCGUCAAGAGCAGUGACAGCUACGCUGAGAUGAAGUUCUAUGUAGUCAUCCGGAGACGCCCCCUUUUCUACACUGUCAGCCUGCUGCUCCCCAGCAUCUUCCUGAUGGUUAUGGACAUCGUGGGCUUCUAUCUGCCUCCCAACAGUGGUGAGAGGGUCUCUUUCAAGAUCACUCUCCUGCUGGGCUACUCAGUUUUCCUCAUCAUCGUAUCCGACACGCUGCCAGCUACUGCUGUUGGCACCCCGCUGAUAGGCAUCUACUUUGUGGUGUGCAUGGCACUGCUGGUCAUCAGCCUGACAGAGACCAUCCUGAUAGUGUGCCUGGUGCACAAGCAGGACCUACAGCCCCAUGUGCCUGCAUGGGUGAAGCACCUGCUGCUGGAGCAAGCUACUGUCCUGCUCUGCAUCCGAGACAGGGCAAAAUUCAUCCAGAGCAGGAUGCAGAGCAUGGACAUCUCUGGGCAGGCAGAGAGCAAUGACAGCACAGCCAAGCUGAACCCCUACAGCUGUGAGGACCCUCGAGAGUCUGAGGCAUCAGGGGACACAAGGCUCAGGCUGGCGGAGGGCUCCCUGCUGGUGCAGGGGGUCCUGCGUGAGAUUACUGCCAUCCGCUGCUUCCUGGAGAAGCGUGAGGAGUUCCGGGAUGUUGCCCGCGAGUGGCUCCAAGUGGGCUACGUGCUGGACGUCCUGCUCUUCCGGGCAUACUUGGUGGCUGUCCUGGCCUACAGCAUCACUCUGGGCACCCUUUGGUUGGUGUGGCAGGAUGCCUGA